AUGUCAAUGUCGUCAUUCUCACAUAUUCAUUACGUCACGAUAACUUCGAUUACUCCUUCUUCCUCUUUGAAAAAAAUAUGUCGAUUUUCAAAAAAGAAGAUGAAUGCUGAUCUGUGGGCCCGUCCGAACUUCAAUCUCUGGAGUGUAAGUCCAGAACCACCAAAAAACACACCAGUGGUUGAAUACGGGAAGCCAAACGACAAAUGUUUCACCAUUCGUGUUGUCCAUGGUGGGUUCUUUUUAGACUACCCAGGCAAGGCGUAUCAACAAACCAAGGUUCACUUCAUUUCUCAUGUGAACAUCGAUUUGUUAGACAUGGAGUUGCUUGGGCGUUUUUCUAGAAGCCUUGGGUAUACCAUUUUGGGGAACUGGUAUCAUAUGCUCAUCGGAGAACACAGUGGGUGUCAAUGGUUCCAAUAG